AUGGACGAAUCAAACGUGCUACCGCUGGAGCUGGUGGACAAGUGUAUUGGUUCCAAAGUGUGGGUCAUCAGGACCGACCGCACCGAGUUUGUCGGGACGCUUGUUGGGUUCGACGACUUCGUCAACAUGGUGCUGGAAGAUGUUGUCGAGACUGAGUCUGACGGGACCGAACUUCACAGAAAAAACAUGCUGCUUAAUGGUAGAAAUGUGACGAUGAUUGUGCCUGGUGGAAAACCCUAA